GAGUUUUGAAUUUUUAUCGAAAAUCACGUGGUUUUUCAGAUGAUCGAUUUUCUGAAAGUUGAGAUCGAUCAAUUUUUCUUUCCUAAAGAUCGAUCUGAUCGAUCAAUUUUUCAGAUCGGAACAACUCUAACCUUCACUUUUAUUGUGUUUCCAUUUAGUUUGCUUGCUUUCAAUUUUGUAGAAUUAACAACCUAAAUCCAAAUCUUCAUAUUCUCUUAAAAAAUGAGUGUUAAGGUGAACAAUCUGCUUUUCCGGUUAAUCACUGGUACCGAAGGAAAUCGCUCAUUAAUCUGUAUUACUGAUGGAACAAAGAAACGAAUUGGAUCCCAAUUGUUGAAGAAUUUCAUUAAUAAUACACCAGAUCAAGGAGGACAUUUUCUUCUGUUAGAUAAUCCGAUAGAAAACUUUAAAUUGGAUCCAUCAGCUAAAAUAAAAAUUCAUCAGUGUCUUGGUUCAUCCAUCGACUGUUUUGAUGAUCUUCAGAUGAUAAAAUCGAUCCCUUCUGGUCGUGAACUAUUUAUAGAUUCAUUGUUACCAUUAUUUAAUCUUUAUCCCGAAGAAUCUGCUCAGAUCUUAAGUGAUUUGAAAAAGAAAUUUACUCGUAUCGUUGCAUUAGUUUCCCUGGAAGCCUUAAACCCUUUUGAAUUGUCCAUCAUCAAAGAUCUUGCUGGUUCGAUCAUCGAUGUCACAUCUAAUGGUCCAAAUUACGAAGCAUUAAUCAUCCAUCGAAAGUCUAGUGGUCGAAUUGGAAGUAAUUUGUUCAAAGUCAAAGAAUUUUUCACCAUAACCGACAAUAAAUUCAGUUAUGUCAAAGAUUCAUCGACGGACAAACUUACUACUGGUGAACAAACAAUCGAAGAUCUUCCCUUUAAUUUACGACCAGAGGACGACGAUAAUUUAGUGAAAAAGACAAAAACCGCUCUCACCAUAAAACCUAACGAAGGUGGUAAAGUUUAUUACGAACCUGGUAAAGAAGAUGAUGUCGACGAGGAAGACCCAGAUGAAGAUCUAUUAAUUUAAAUUGUCUUAAUUACUUUCUACUAACUUUUAGUUAUCAUUGUUAGUUACCCAUUUAGACACUUGGCCCAAAUCCCUUUCCGCUCAUAUUAUUUUGGGAGCUGAGAAAACAAUAAAAGAUACAAAGAGAAGCAAAGAAA